GUCAUCUUGCUGUCCAUUGAUAAUGACCCAAACAACUGAUAUUCACAAGAUGUUAAAACUUCUGUCGUGUCUGUGUUUUCUUCCCUUGAUAGCCCCCUCAUACAAAUCGCCCCAUUUCUCCCCCAACCGCUCCACAAUCGUACACCUUUUCGAAUGGAAAUGGGACAGCAUCGCCUCCGAAUGCGAAAACUUCCUCCAACACAAAGCCUACGCCGGCGUUCAGGUUUCACCCCCGAACGAAAACUUAAUAAUUGACGGCCGACCUUGGUGGGAAAGAUACCAGCCUGUGAGCUAUGUAUUGAUUACGAGGUCCGGUAACGAGAGUUCUUUCAGAGAUAUGGUCAAAAGAUGCAAUGCUGUGGGUGUUAGAAUAUAUGUUGAUGCCGUUAUUAAUCACAUGUCGGUCGGAAAUGGGGUUGGGACCGGUGGAAGUGUUGCAAAUGCUACACAUAAAUUCUUCCCAGGAGUGCCAUACGGGCCGGAUGAUUUCAAUAAAAAUUGCGUAGUAACAAACUUUGAUAAUAAUGAAAAUGCAAGAAAUUGCGAAUUGGUGGGUUUGAAAGACUUGAAUCAGAGUAAAAAAUACGUAAAAGAAAAAAUAAUUGAAUACUUGAACCAUUUAAUUGAUUUGGGGGUGGCAGGGUUUCGAAUUGACGCCGCAAAACACAUGUGGCCCUCAGAUUUGAGAGAAAUUUACUCAAAUCUGAAAAAUUUGAAUUCGGAAUUUGGGUUUGCCGAAAAUUUGAGACCUUUUAUUUAUCAGGAAGUGCCAACAAUGGACAAGGAAUAUACAACAUUGGGGGCUUUAGUCGAGUUUAAAUUUGGAAAAUCGUUAAGUAACGUUUUUAGGGGAAAUGAUAAAUUAAAAUGGUUGAUCAAUUGGGGCCCAUCAUGGGGUCUAAUUGAUGGUUCUGACGCUGUCGCUUUUAUUGACAAUCAUGACACCCAGCGAGACAAAGACCAACACAUUUUGACUUAUAAAAAUGCGAAGCAGUAUAAAAUGGCUGUUGCAUUUAUGUUGGCACACCCAUAUGGUACGACCAGGAUUAUCUCGAGUUAUGCUUUCAACGAUUUCAACCAAGGUCCCCCAGCUGAUAAAACUGGUAAUAUAAUUCCUCCAAGCUUUAAUACAGACAACACUUGUACCAAUGGUUACAUCUGUGAACACCGAUGGAGAGAAAUCUACAACAUGGUUGAAUUCCGAAAUGUUGUUGCAGGAACAAAUGUUGAAAAUUUCUGGUCAAACGAUGAUCAACAAAUUUCGUUUUGUCGUGGAAAUAAGGGUUUUAUAGUUUUUACUAAUUGGGAGGAUGUUGAACGAGAUUUACAGACGUGUCUACCUCCAGGGAUUUACUGUGAUGUUAUAUCAGGAGGUCUGCAAGCCGGAAAUUGCACCGGGAAAGCCGUUAAAGUAAAAAGUGACGGUAAAGGGUUUAUUCGGCUGGGAGCUUUAGAGUUUAAUGGUGUUCUGGCCAUUCACGAAAAAUCAAAAUUGAAAUAGUUUUUUUUUGGCAGAGAAAGUCGAUUUAAUCACAUGAAUUUUAAUAAAAUUGCUUGGCGCUGAAGUUCUAUACAUACAGAAUCAACGUUUGAGUUAAAUUAAAAAAUAAAUUAUUUCUCUGUUCAACUGACGCUUCAAUGACAAAAUUAUUAUUAAAUAAAUGAAAUUAUUAAUGGUUUGACAAGGUCAAUACAGCUAUAUAAAAUGUGUUUACAAAUAAAGUACAAUAAAAUUAAUCGAUUUAUUUUCACUACAA